AUGAAAUCUCUGGCGAAGAAGUGGUCAGCGUACGUCAGACAGAUUGACCUCGAUGUCAGACGGACAUUCAGAGGUCACUGCAUGUUCAUGGCUAGAUACAGUCUCAAGUUACAAGCUCUGUUCAACGUCCUCCUGGCUUAUUCCCUGUACGACGAGCAGGUUGGCUACUGCCAGGGUAUGAGUGAGGUCGUCGCCCUGCUACUCAUGUACCUCAAUGAAGAGGAAGCUUUCUGGGCACUUGUCGAGCUGAUGAACAAUAAGAAGCACAACAUGAGAGGUUAU